AUGGCGACGCGACACGAAGAACCUGCCGGGAUUACAGAAGAAUCCGAAGCAGACGCGCAUUCAGUAGGCUACUCGAUGAAGUUCUCAACCACAUCCUUUCUCUCGCCAACGACACAGAAACCGCCGCCGUCUCCCGGCGAUGGAACCCCGUUCUCUUCUCACUUCGUCUUCAACGACAAGCCAUUCAUGAUUCAUCUCAUUCCUGCCUGGCCCUCCCCCCGGCCGCACCGGCACCUGCAAACCCUAAGACCGACCACGCUCUCAGUCAUGACAAUAGAUUCCGGCGAUGAGGGCGGCAGUCUGCUGAUCUCCGCCGCUCCCCAGCUGCAGAACGCGGAAUCACGAGCGUGGAUGUUCUCGUCGAUUUGGGGAUUGAUUACCGCUCCUGAAUUGACGAAACCCAGGAGACGAGAUCUCAAUUUCUGCUCCCAAGUUGGACAUUUCCUUUAA